AUGAUGAUGAUGAUGAUAUCAUGUGUCUGUGUGAAUGGAUGAACAUUCCGCUCCUCUUGUUGAGCCCCCCCUCAUUCCUUCACCCGCCGUUUCCGCAGCAACAGGGAAAAGAUGGCAGCCCUCGCGACCCUCACUCAGCUGUCAAGCGGGAACCCUGUAUAUGAGAGCUUUUACAGACAGGUGGACCCGGGGAACACCGGGAGGGUUGGACCCACAGAGGCUGCCUUGUUUUUGAAGAAAUCAGGCCUGCCUGACAUCACAUUAGGAAAGAUCUGGGAUUUAGCUGAUCCGGAUGGCAAAGGUUUCUUGGAUAAACAGGGAUUUUACGUUGCUCUGCGACUCGUGGCCUGUGCGCAAAGUGGACACGACAUCAGUGUUUCCAGUCUGAACCUCCCUGUUCCCCCUCCGAAAUUCAAGGACCACAGCAGCCCGUCACUGAGUUCGGUAACAUCAACCAACGAGAGCCACUGGGCGGUGCGGCCUGAAGAGAAGAGCAAGUUUGAUGGCAUUUUUGAAAGUCUUGCCCCAGUGAACGGAUUGUUGUCCGGUGAGAAGGUCAAACCAGUACUGAUAAACUCUAAACUACCUGUGGAUGUACUCGGAAAGGUUUGGGAUUUGAGUGACAUAGACAAAGAUGGGCACUUGGACAAAGAUGAGUUUGCAGUGGCUAUGCAUCUGGUGUACCGCGCCCUGGAGAAGGAGCCUGUUCCCUCGGUCCUGCCCUCCUCUCUAAUCCCUCCAUCCAAACGGAAGAAGUCAUCCGGCUCCUUGUCCAGCAUGGUGCCAGUGUUACCGGGCAGCCCACCUCCACCUAAAGACAGCCUGCGCUCAACCCCCUCUCACGGUAGCAUGAAUUCCCUGAACAGUGCUGGGAGUUUGUCCCCAAAACACACCAUUAAAUCCUCACAGCAUUCAGUAAACUGGGUGGUACCGGUCGCAGACAGGGGGCGCUAUGACGACAUCUUCCUCAAAACAGACACUGAUCUUGACGGUUUUGUCAGCGGCCAAGAAGUUAAAGAAAUCUUUAUGCAGUCCGGCCUUCCUCAGAACCUCCUGGCGCAUAUUUGGGCUUUGGCGGACACCAGGCAAAUGGGCAAACUCACACGCGAGCAGUUCUCCUUAGCCAUGCAUCUCAUUCAGCAGAAAGUCAGCAAAGGCGUGGACCCUCCGCAAUCUCUGACUCCGGACAUGAUCCCACCGUCCGAACGCGGCACCCCGGGACCUAGUCUGUCGGGUUAUAUGACACCAGUGGGCUCUGACAUGGCUGCGCUGACCGAGAUGCGCCGGGACAGCUCCAGCUCCGUGGGUUCAGGCGAAUUCACCGGGAUUAAAGAACUGGACGAUAUAAGUCAGGAGAUCGCUCACCUGCAGAGAGAGAAAUACACUUUGGAACAAGACAUUAGAGAAACAGAAGAAGCCAUCAGACACAAAACCACAGAGGUUCAGGAGAUGCAGAACGAUCUGGACCGAGAGGCGUCCACCCUCCAGGAGCUAGAGGCGCAGAAGCAGGAUGCUCAGGACCGGCUGGAGGAAAUGGACCAGCAGAAGGCAAAGCUGGAAGACAUGCUCAAUGACGUACGACAGAAGUGCCAGGAAGAGUCGCAAAUGAUCUCAUCCCUACAGUCCCAGAUCCACUCGCAGGAAUCUGACCUCCAGAGCCAAGAGGAAGAGCUGGGCCGGGCCAAGGCUGACCUGAACCGUCUGCAGCAGGAGGAAGCUCAGCUAGAGCAGAGUCUACAAGCUGGCAGGAUUCAGCUAGAAACCAUCAUAAAGUCCCUCAAAGCCACACAGGAUGAGAUCAACCAGGCCCGGAGCAAACUCUCCCAGAUCCAGGACAGCCAACAUGAGAUCAGUAAGAGCAUCGAGCAGUACAGCAGCACUCUGAACGGAACCCACGGGGGCAGCAUGACCAACCUGGCCGACAUGAGCGAGGGCUUUCCAGAGAAGGAGAACGGCGGUUUUGGGGCUAUGGAAGACCCUUUCAAGGUGAAGACUGCUGUGUUCAACAGCGCCCCUCAGGAGAUGCACACAGACCCCUUCCAGUCUGAAGACCCAUUUAAAACAGACCCAUUCAAAGGUGAUCCGUUCCAGAAUGACCCGUUCUCAAAGCAGACGUCCACAGCUGCAGAUCCUUUCGGUGGAGAUCCUUUCAAAGAGGCCGACCCAUUUAGGACCUCUUCUGAAGAUUUCUUCAAGAAACCCUCUAAGCCAGACCCUUUCAGCAACGCCGAUCCUUUUAGCAAAAGCGCCACUCUUCCCUCAAAGAGUCAUCAUUUCUCAAGUAACGACCCCUUCAGCUCCACCAGCCCCAAACCAAAAGGCCAAGAUUUCUUCGGCACUUUGGAUCCAUUCGGAAGCAGCUCGUUCGGCAGCAACAGCGGCUUUGCAGACUUCAGCCAAAUGUCAAAGGGCUUUGUAGACGACCCUUUCAGCCGAAAACAAGACAUGCCAGCUCUCCCGCCCAAGAAAAGCGUACCACCACGACCCAAACCACCCAGCGGUAAAAGCACUCCAGUAAACGUGCCCGGAUCUGCCGAUUCAGCCAAGACGAGCGACCCCUUCCAGCCCUUCAGUGCGGACCCCGCUGAUCCAUUUCAGAGUAAAAAGGGGGUGGGAGAUCCGUUUAGUGGCAAAGACCCGUUUGCUCCAUCUGCCUCAAGUAAAGCCUCUAAAGACUCUUCAUUGGGUUUUGCAGACUUCAGCUCUUUUGGGAAUGAAGCCCAGCAGAUGGAGUGGGCAAAGCGGGAAAGCGAGAGAGCGGAACGGGAGCGGCUGAAAAGACUCCGCCAGCAGGAGCAGGAAGACCUGGAGCUGGCCAUCGCUCUCAGCAAGGCCGAGAUGUCCAACGCCUGACCGCCUUCCCCUCAGAUCCACCCUUCUGUACACUACAGCGACGAUUGUGUGCGUGCGUGAUGGACCAAGAUAAAAUACAUGCAAGACCGUUAAACCUCUGUCCCUUUGUGUUCAUGUGCAGGAGGGCGGCCUGUGGUUUGUGAUUCAGCUAAUUCACUCGACAUGCACUGCAUUAACCUCUCAGAUGGAGUAUAUAGUUUAUUUAAAGUGUAUUUGUGUGUGUAAAUGUGCAUCAACAGAGCCAUGGACGUUUGAAGACCGUUAGCGGUCUCUGCAGAUCAUUAUCUCCACUGGUUGGGAAAAAAAGGGACUGAGAAACCGCUAAGAAAGUUGCAUUUGGAUCCCAGGUAGGGUCGAAGCAGAAACUUGAAUUACCGACGCUACACUCCCUCCUUUCGAGCCCUCGAGCAAGGCACUUAAUUCCAGGUUUCUUCUUGAAUUCAUUUGCUGUAAGCGUACUGUAAGUCGAUUUGGAUAAAGAGUAUCUGCUAAAUGAUAACUUUUACUGGCUCUGGCUGUAGUCAGUAUGGUACACACUGGAAUUACAGCAGCGCCUGCAGACUAAACGUCUGUGAGGAGCUCUUGACGUGACGUAAAGCUGAACGAACGACAGUGUGAUUCUGGUAGUGUCGUUUGAGAGAGCUGUUUGAUUCAGAAGUGAACUCGUUUUUUUUUUCGUAGUACUGUUCAGAGAAGAAGGUUCAGCAAAGCUUCUACAAUUGCACUGAUUUAUUUUAUUUUAUUUUAAGUUUUUUCCCAUGUUAGAAGGUUUAGCUGAUUAACACCACUGCAGGACUCAACAGUAAGGAUUUUUUAUUUUUUUUUGUUGGCCCUAUUUUUAAAAUAUUGGCUAAAAAUAUUUUCUUCAAAACAUUUUGUCGUUAUAUUAUUUGUUCCAUCUGUCGUUCGCUGUGUAUUGUUCUGUCUGUUUGUUUGUGCUAUAUCUUUAAUUCUGUUCACUCUGCUUUCUCGAUUAUCUAUCGUUCGUUCGUUUGUUCGUUCAUUCUGUCGUUUCUUUUUAUUGUUCGUUCUGUCGUUUUUGUUCUAUCAUUUUUUUUUUAUCUGUCUCUCUAUCAUUCAUAUCUUCAUUCUUGCAUUCUGUUGUUUAUUUUUAUUCUUUCUGUCAUUUGUUCAUGUUUGUUCUAUCGUUAGUUUAUCUCUCUAUCUAUCAAUCGUUCAUUCUUUCAUUUUAUCGUUUUUGUUAAUUCUGUAAUUUCUUUGUAUUUUUUCUAUCGUUUGUAUGUAUGUAUCUAUCUAUUGUUUGUUUGUUUAUUCUUCGGUUAUUUUGUUCAUUCUGUCAUUUUAUUUGUUCUGUCGAUUGUUCCUAUCUAUUGUUCGUUUGUUCUGUUGUUUAUUUUAUUUGUUCGUUCUCUUUUCUGUUUAUUGUUUUAUCUAUCUAUUUUGUUCAUUCUUUCGUCUUGUUGUUUAUUUUAAUUGUUCAUUCUGUCAUUUUUUUUAUUGUUUGUUCUAUCAUUCAUUUCUAUUAAUCCAGUUCAUUCGUUCUUUCGUUCAUUCAUUCUUUUCUUAGUUAGCUUGUUCAUUCAUUCGUUCUGUUUAUUUUUAUUGUUCGUUCUCUCUUCAGUUUCAUCUUUGUUCAUUCUUUCGUUUAUUUUUUGUUUAUUCUGCCAUUUGUUGUUCUUAUUGUUUGUUCUAUUGUUCGUUUCUAUCUAUCUAUCUAUCCAUUUGUUCGUUCGUUCAUUCUUUCCUUCUAAUUUUUAUUUUAAUUGUUUAUUUAUUGUUUUUUUUUCUGUUAUUUGUCCUGUAUUGUUUGUUCUUUUUUAGUCUGUCUGUCUAUCUAUCUAUUGUUUGUUUGUUCAUUUAUUUGUUUGUUCAUUCAUUCUAACGUUUAUUUUUAUUGUUUGUUCUGUCAUUUGUCCUGUAUUGUUUUUUCUUUUUGUUCUAUCUAUCUAUCUAUCUGGGUGUCUAUCCUUCCUUCCUUUGUUUGUUUGUUUGUUCAAUCUGUCGAUCAUUCUCUUUGGAUUGAUGUACAAGAUCAACACAUCUUGUAUAUCAAUCUUGUACAGAUCUUGGGAUUUGAAAACGUUUUCACACUGGCACAUCUUUUGAGCCAACCUUAUCGUUGAGUCCUGCACUGUGGUAUAAAAUUUGGUUGCAUAAACAAAAACAAGCGCCUCCAUGAUAUGUAUGUAUUUGUUUACUAUUUAGAUAUGUAUACUUAUUGUGUAUCUGCAUAAUCCGCGGACCUGAAAGCACAAUUCUUACAUUGUGCUAGAUAGUAAAAACACUUUUGUUUUAAUCUAUAAAUAUACCCGGAUUUUCAGUUAUUUGUAAUCUGCGGAACAGAUUUAAAUGCGUUAAAAUGUUAAACAGAGUCUGGAUUACUAAACACCCGUUGGUCACUGAAAGCACAAUCAAUUUAGCCUAAAUAACAUGGCAAUGUACACUUCAGGUGCAAGUGCUGUUGUCAUUUAUUGUUUGCUUAACCCUAAUUUUUAUUCAGUAUUAAUUUGACUUGAACGUUUUGGUGACGGUACAUCCUGGCACAUGUCAAACCUGUGUUUUUGUACGAUUUAAUAAUCGUACUACAUAACAAUACACACUUUUUUUUUUUAAUGUACCAUCUACUGUUAUUUUUAACAGUAGAUUCUUUAUUUGGUACUAUUAACAUUUUUAUCUGUGAUUUGUAUUCAUUCAUCAAACCUCGGAUCAUUGGAAUUGCUGUUCGUUACGGUAAAAAUGUCCUACGCAAUGAUUGAUGCUCUUGUCCGACGUUGUGGAAACAAAUGCUGUUUAAUGUUAAGACGAACAACUGUGACAUAUCUCAUUACACUGCUAACUUUCAGCUACGUCAUCUUUCUGUCACUUUUUUUUUAAGUCUGUUCCUCUUUUUUCUUUACUUCCAAUCAGCUUGUGUUGUUUUGGCCGCAAAUAGCUGCUCGACACUUCUUGGUCAUGUUAGUGUCACACUAAAACAGUGUUACUUUGUCUUAUUUAAAGUAUGUCAAAUGUAUUAGUUGGAGCCUAGCUCACACUGAAACUCAAACCGAUUUAUGUGAUUCCAGUACUACACUAAUCUUCAGUCAGUUGAGCGUUUUAACAAAACUGAUUGUCUUCAGGACUGGAAUCGAAAGCUGUUGUGUCUCAGACACGGAGAACGUCAGUUUCUGGCCUAUGAAGGGUUUUAUUUUGUAAUGUAGGCUGGGAGUAGGCUUAUGUUGUUGGUCUUGGCUUUUUUGCCUUUUACUGUUAACAAUAACAAAACAAUUCAAACUGAACAAAGAUUUUGUUAGCACUCCUGUUAUGCUGUAUUCGUCCUUUAUACCUCCAUUGUGCAAUAGUUUGUAUAUUUUAUGUUGUAAUACCUGUAAAUUCACUUCAUGUUUUCAUAUCCUGUUUUAUUAUCCAUAUUUUUAUUAAUUAAAGUGUUUUUUUUUAGUAACAGUUAUAAUUUUGGGUAUACGUCCCGCAAAGCUGAAUGCAUUCCUUUUUGGCCUGCCUUUAACCCUCGCCUGUGUAGAUAAGACAGAUAUUAACCCGAUAGAGAAAUGCAUAAGAGUAUACAUAAACCAUGUAUAUUAUGUGUUAUAUUUGUCCUAUGAAACUGAGUAACUGCACAUGUGUAACUCGAAACAUUUUAAGGAUUUCAGACUGCAUUGAUAGUGAUUUAGUGAUGCUUGGAUUCCUUUGGAAAUGUUCAUGCUCCGUAUGUUGUCCCUUGAGUUCACAGAAUAAACAAAAGAUAACAGUUCA